UGGGGCUGGCAGCUCUGUGGUGCAUCACUGGCAUGCCCAGUAACGAUCCAAUACAGCUGGAUGGCCACGGAACCCAGGCACUGGGGUGCAUGGGGCACAGUGUGGGGUCCGAGGGCCCGUGUGUGGGUGGUGCGGGGUGUUGCACAGUACAUGUCAAGCGCCAGGCCAGCUGUGUUGGCUGUCAUUGGGGCUGUCAGCUCUGUGGUGCAUCACUGGCAUGCCCAGUAACGAUCCAACACAGCUGGCCACGGAACCCAGGCACUGGGGUGCAUGGCACACAGUGUGGGGUCCGAGGGCCCGUGUGUGGGGGGUGCAGGGUGUUGCACAGUACAUGUCAAGCGCCAGGCCAGCUGUGUUGGCUGUCAAUGGGGCUGUCAGCUCUGUGGUGCAUCACUGGCAUGCCCAGUAACGAUCCAACACAGCUGGCCACGGAACCCAGGCACUGGGGUGCAUGGGGCACAGUGUGGGGUCCGAGGGCCCGUGUGUGGGGGGUGCAGGGUGUUGCACAGUACAUGUCAAGCGCCAGGCCAGCUGUGUUGGCUGUCAAUGGGGCUGUCAGCUCUGUGGUGCAUCACUGGCAUGCCCAGUAACGAUCCAACACAGCUGGCCACGGAACCCAGGCACUGGGGUGCAUGGGGCACAGUGUGGGGUCCGAGGGCCCGUGUGUGGGUGGUGCGGGGUGUUGCACAGUACAUGUCAAGCGCCAGGCCAGCUGUGUUGGCUGUCAAUGGGGCUGUCAGCUCUGUGAUGCAUCACUGGCAUGCCCAGUAACGAUCCAACACAGCUGGCCACGGAACCCAGGCACUGGGGUGCAUGGCACACAGUGUGGGGUCCGAGGGCCCGUGUGCGGGUGGUGCGGGGUGUUGCACAGUACAUGUCAAGCGCCAGACCUGCUGUGUUGGCUGUCAAUGGGGCUCGCAGCUCUGUGGUGCAUCACUGGCAUGCCCAGUAACGAUCCAACACAGCUGGCCACGGAACCCAGGCACUGGGGUGCAUGGCACACAGUGUGGGGUCCGAGGGCCCGUGUGUGGGGGGUGCAGGGUGUUGCACAGUACAUAUCAAGCGCCAGGCCAGCUGUGUUGGCUGUCAUUGGGGCUGUCAGCUCUGUGGUGCAUCACUGGCAUGCCCAGUAACGAUCCGACACAGCUGGCCACGGAACCCAGGCACUGGGGUGCAUGGAACACAGUGUGGGGUCCGAGGGCCCGUGUGUGGGGGGUGCGGGGUGUUGCACAGUACAUGUCAAGCGCCAGGCCAGCUGUGUUGGCUGUCAAUGGGGCUGUCAGCUCUGUGGUGCAUCACUGGCAUGCCCAGUAACGAUCCAACACAGCUGGAUGGCCACGGAACCCAGGCACUGGGGUGCAUGGGGCACAGUGUGGGGUCCGAGGGCCCGUGUGUGGGGGGUGCAGGGUGUUGCACAGUACAUGUCAAGCGCCAGGCCUGCUGUGUUGGCUGUCAAUGGGGCUGGCAGCUCUGUGGUGCAUCACUGGCAUGCCCAGUAACGAUCCAACACAGCUGGAUGGCCACGGAACCCAGGCACUGGGGUGCAUGGGGCACAGUGUGGGGUCCGAGGGCCCGUGUGUGGGUGGUGCGGGGUGUUGCACAGUACAUGUCAAGCGCCAGGCCAGCUGUGUUGGCUGUCAAUGGGGCUCGCAGCUCUGUGGUGCAUCACUGGCAUGCCCAGUAACGAUCCAACACAGCUGGCCACGGAACCCAGGCACUGGGGUGCAUGGGGCACAGUGUGGGGUCCGAGGGCCCGUGUGUGGGGGGUGCAGGGUGUUGCACAGUACAUGUCAAGCGCCAGGCCUGCUGUGUUGGCUGUCAAUGGGGCUGGCAGCUCUGUGGUGCAUCACUGGCAUGCCCAGUAACGAUCCAACACAGCUGGAUGGCCACGGAACCCAGGCACUGGGGUGCAUGGGGCACAGUGUGGGGUCCGAGGGCCCGUGUGUGGGUGGUGCGGGGUGUUGCACAGUACAUGUCAAGCGCCAGGCCAGCUGUGUUGGCUGUCAAUGGGGCUCGCAGCUCUGUGGUGCAUCACUGGCAUGCCCAGUAACGAUCCAACACAGCUGGCCACGGAACCCAGGCACUGGGGUGCAUGGGGCACAGUGUGGGGUCCGAGGGCCCGUGUGUGGGUGGUGCGGGGUGUUGCACAGUACAUGUCAAGCGCCAGGCCAGCUGUGUUGGCUGUCAUUGGGGCUGUCAGCUCUGUGGUGCAUCACUGGCAUGCCCAGUAACGAUCCAACACAGCUGGCCACGGAACCCAGGCACUGGGGUGCAUGGCACACAGUGUGGGGUCCGAGGGCCCGUGUGUGGGGGGUGCAGGGUGUUGCACAGUACAUGUCAAGCGCCAGGCCAGCUGUGUUGGCUGUCAAUGGGGCUGUCAGCUCUGUGGUGCAUCACUGGCAUGCCCAGUAACGAUCCAACACAGCUGGAUGGCCACGGAACCCAGGCACUGGGGUGCAUGGGGCACAGUGUGGGGUCCGAGGGCCCGUGUGUGGGGGGUGCAGGGUGUUGCACAGUACAUGUCAAGCGCCAGGCCUGCUGUGUUGGCUGUCAAUGGGGCUGGCAGCUCUGUGGUGCAUCACUGGCAUGCCCAGUAACGAUCCAACACAGCUGGAUGGCCACGGAACCCAGGCACUGGGGUGCAUGGGGCACAGUGUGGGGUCCGAGGGCCCGUGUGUGGGUGGUGCGGGGUGUUGCACAGUACAUGUCAAGCGCCAGGCCAGCUGUGUUGGCUGUCAAUGGGGCUGUCAGCUCUGUGAUGCAUCACUGGCAUGCCCAGUAACGAUCCAACACAGCUGGCCACGGAACCCAGGCACUGGGGUGCAUGGGGCACAGUGUGGGGUCCGAGGGCCCGUGUGUGGGUGGUGCGGGGUGUUGCACAGUACAUGUCAAGCGCCAGGCCAGCUGUGUUGGCUGUCAUUGGGGCUGUCAGCUCUGUGGUGCAUCACUGGCAUGCCCAGUAACGAUCCAACACAGCUGGCCACGGAACCCAGGCACUGGGGUGCAUGGCACACAGUGUGGGGUCCGAGGGCCCGUGUGUGGGGGGUGCAGGGUGUUGCACAGUACAUGUCAAGCGCCAGGCCUGCUGUGUUGGC